AUGCUUAGGAGACACGUAAGUAUCAGUGCAUGCGCUAAACGGGGAACACCCGUCUCUAAAACCGAAGUUCAUAUCGAGACCGUUCCGAAAAGACAAGAAGCCAACACCCGAAAUAGACAGGUACACACGAGCUCGUCACACAGAUAUUGGCUAUUGAACACGCGACACUUGAAACGACCAUCAUUUAACACCUCUUCUAAGUUUUCGAGUUCAAAAAUUGGAAUGCAGUCGAAUAUUGCAUUUUCUGAGGAGACCAAAAUUGUUUUGUCUUCCAUCAAUUCAGCAUCUGUAUCAACUCCAGAUGAAGAUCAAACACUACAUAAUUCUGAUGACGAAUUUGAACGUAUGCUGCCGUCUGUUAUAAAUAAAGAGACUUUGAGUAUUCUGGAAGCGAAAUUGGGACUAGGUGGUGGGGGUGAUUGGUGGAUAGACCCCUCUCGUGAUCCCAUCGAAAUAGACUCAGAGGGCAAUAGAGACGAAGGUGCUAUUUUAGACGUUGAAGCGAGUUGCAGAAACUGGUAUCGUACUCCAUUUGACCGGGACCCGGAAUUCUGUAAUGAUUCCUACCAUCUUCUGAAUCGAUUAAAUGAAUUGGCCAAAAUAAAGGGAUUAAUUGAAGAAGCAUCAUUGAGAAAACAAUCUGUCAAUCAGGUAGACGUAAACAACACAGACCGUCAGAUAUAUCACUCAACAUUGUCUGUGAAUGGCUCAAUGGAUUUCAGCAACAUGAUUUCACCGCACGCAAAUCACGAUAUACAAAAUAUUGACCCUCUAGCAGAUCUUCGCCGUAGUUUAAAUGGUCCGUUUCGAGACCUACAGUCCGAUGUUUAUGGCACAUAUGCUUUACGUAAAUCAAAAAACAACCAAAAAGUGCCCCUCGGUGAAGUAUUUGAUGUCAGAACACAUGAAUCUGACUACACAAGAUAUCCUGAUAAGCCUCAACCACCUUUUUCUCAAGCUAUGCAUUCAGGGCUACCUCAGUUACACAAGUCCCAUCAGCCACCAUCUCCUCAUUCAAUCCCAGUGACAAAUAUUUCACCUAUUUUUGGCCGGAGAAAGGUGUCUACGAAGAGCAACCAACUGCCUGCAUUUACUUCAGGCAGUACAAGUGUUCCAGAUCCAAAGGUUUGUGGUCAAAAGCGUUCCGUGCUUUCACGGACAUACUCGAAGGAACAAAUGGAUUUCUUAAAGGAAGUGAGUGAAUACCAAGUCAAUGAUUCAUUGCUCAAAGUUCCUUCUCUUCUGGCGAGAUCACAUGCACUGACAGCUUCACUACCCAUAUCAGAUAAUGAAGGUGAUAUAGAUGUAACUAAAAGCUUGGACAUUCCGUCGACAGUGAAUCCAUUGUCUCAGUCCCUUUCUGCAAGUGAACUUACGAUGAAGAGUCGUAAGCUAUCGGAGAAAGUCAAUACUUCUUAUUCCAGUAUGAGAAGUUCUGAUGUCUUUGAAUUGGCCCGCCUACAAGAAACUCAUUUGCGGGAACAUAGUGGCAGUCGAGGCAAGCUUGACUGUUCAAACUCUUCUCUCACUGGAUCAAGCAUAGGUGAGAAAAAUCAGAAAAAGGGAGAUGGUGCUGAUAGUACGGGACGAAAAUCUACCAGUGGCCUCAGUUCCUGUGACGUUAGUGCUACGCACAGUCGUGAGGAAAUUGUUGCUGAAGACCAGAACGGUAAACCUGAACGUCAGCAUACGAUCACCGCGAAUGAGUGCUGUUUUAAUCCAUUGCAAGGUUCAAUAGGUUGUGAACCCAAGGUGAAUCUCAGCUCAAGUGUAGACGCAUGUGUCAAUUUGAGCAGUGACGAAGUUACAACACCUUCGAAACCCCUAAACUCCACAUAUGAUGCUCCAGAUUUUAAAUGCGUUUAUGGCAGUGAUCCAGCAACCUCGCAAAUAGAUGGAGUAGAAGGUCACCGUCCGAUUAUAGGUGCAACGGAUAGUGCCAUAAGUAUCCCAAAUGAACAUGAUGCGCAAGUUAGCGGCUGUGCACGGCACACGUCUUAUAUAGACGAUGAUGCCAAACAGACAGGUGAAAUCAAACGGAAACUUGACGCGAGUUACGACUUAAAAGAUCGGGAUAUCCUUGUGGAAAAUGAAUCAGAUUCGGGUGUGCUGACAAGUCGUAUGGAAGUAUCAACGCUGAAUGCUGGUUUGAAGUCUAUGGAGUCGCCUCAAGUCCCUGAUCCGAGUAAUACAUCCUCAACAAACUCUCUGGUACCUCCUACCGUCAUCAAUAAUGCUGAGAGCCAUGAACCGCCUCAGUGCAAACAAUAUGAUGUGAAAUCUCAUACAAAGACACUGAUUCCUCUUCCCAGUGGGAAGUUAUCUCGUCUCCCAAUGCCCUCACAGAAAAUGCCUUCGAUGAGUGUCAGCAGUCGUCUUGGUCCCCGUAAAAGCGUCACAAGCGAAGCAGCUUCCAAUUCUGCACACUCUACGAACAAAACUCAAUUAUCUUCCCAAAAAAGUAGUAUACCUAGUAUUAGCGGCCCUAGGCUAAGUGGUAGUGGUACUAAAUCUAGCAGCGUAAAAGCAACACAGCCAUCUAAUUCGACGAAGUCUUUGUCGAAACCUUCGACGUCCUCCUCAAGUACACAGCAAAACAGAAAGUCGAUACCCCAUGCAACCAAUUCAUCACCUGCUACUACCAUCCGGAAACCGUCACUACCAUCAACCACUUCAUCUCGUGGAAGGACCCCUCCUAAGCCUUAACUUAGCUCACUUGAAUAUUUUCAACUUUUAUUUUAUAUACCCUGUCUUUCAAUGUGUGUUCAAAAAUUCUCAUGAUAGACACUAACUGAGGUUAGGUAACUUACUUUUUUCUGGCUUUAACUAUGUUAGAUCCCGGUAGUUCUGCUCAUAUAUAUGUUUACACUCAUGUUUAUUUUAAUUUGUGAUUUUCCAGAAUUUUAAAGGAGAAACAGUGACGUACACAUAUCUAUCAGGGAGGAUUUUUUAUCUUAUUUUUGAACUAAUACUUUUUUAAUUUCUUAAUUUUGAUAUUCGAAUUCAAUGUAAAUACAUCAAGAGUUCAGAUUAUUGUGUUAUGUUCAUAACACAGUUUAAACAUAUCUUGGUAUUCCUGUUAUUCUUGGUAAUGCCAUCACUGGUCUUUUUGUAUCACUUCACUUGCCUUGAGAGAAGAAAGAAUGAUUAACUAUUAUUACACCGCUUAUUUAGGGAGUCUGUUUUCUUAUUUCCUUCUAUUUUUAUCAACAUUUUAGUCAUUUUAUAACAUAAAGCAAAAUAUAACCC